AUGUUCCACACCUUCCAGAGCGCCGCGGCCCUGCCGGGCUCCGCAGACGCCGCCGCCGGGGACGGCGCAAAGCCCUCGCGCCAAAACUCACGCCGCAUCUCCACCACCAACGCCUGCGUCGAGUGCCGCCGCCGCAAGAUCCGCUGUGACGGGACCCAGCCAUGUGGCCAGUGCCUGUGGUACCAGCACCCGGAGCUGUGCAGCUACUCGAAGCCUGCCCAGCGGGUUGUGCCGUCACGCAAGCUUGUCGAAAAGCUGCAGAGCCAGAUCGACCAGCAGAGACUGGUGUUGGGACGACUGUUCCCCGGGAAGGACCUCGAGGCCCUCAGUUCAACGCCACGAGAGGAGCUUCUCAACAUGGCCCUCACGCUUCCGGCCCCUUCCGCAGCCUCACCGGCCGCAUCCAUCCCCAAGUCCGCUUCGGAGCCCACGCAUGACUCGGAUGGUCCCGAGAGUCUGGAAGCGGCGCUGGAGGCCGCUCCUGAUGAAAACCCAGAGUGGGACGAGGCCAGGAAGCAUCAGAUCAAGAUCCAGGGCAUCUCCGACGAUGUCAACGGCCUGUCGCUGUCGGUGGACAGACCGUCCUCCUACGUCGGCGUCUCCUCCAUGACGGCAGCCCUCAAGGUCAUCGUGCGGACUGCCCCCGUCGCGAAGUCCUACAUCAACUACAAGCAGACCGAGACCGCGCUGCCAAGCCGCAGUGGCACGCCCCCGCCCGAGCUUCGAGACCCCAACCCCAAUGCCCUCCCAAACGUUGAGACCGGCCUGGACCUCAUUGACAACUAUUUCGAACGAGUGCAUCCGUUCUUCCCCAUGGUCGAGGAGUCCAAGUUCCGAGCAGCCUACAUUCGGCAGCAGAGAUGGGAUCCACCCUGGCUCGCUCUGCUCAACAUGGUGUUCGCGCUGGGCUCGCUCGCAUCAUCUACGGCGGACAACGAAGCUCACUACAUUUUCUUCACGAGAGCGCGCAAGCACCUCAGUCUGGAAACUUAUGGGAGUGGGAACCUCGAGGUUCUUCAGGCCCUCGGGAUCAUGACUGGGUAUUACAUGCACUAUCUGAACCGCCCCAACGAAGCGAGCUGCUUGAUGGGCGCUGCGCUGCGUAUGGCCACCGGCCUAGGCCUGCAUCGGGAAUAUUCCAGCCCUGCUUCUCCGAACCCGAAGAUCAAUGGCUUGUCCAAGUCACGGACGGACAUCCAGAUCGCCGAAACCCGACGGCGCACUUGGUGGAGCCUCUUUUGCUUGGAUGUUUGGGCAUCUACGACUACAAGCAGGCCAUCACUAGGCCGCAUCAGUUCUGCAGUCACCGUGCUGCCACCUGGGAAGAUCCUGGAAGACCCAUCGUCGAGUCCUGGGAACGGCCAAGACUUGCGAGUGCUCCCCUUGAUCUACAACAUCGAGUUCUGCAAAAUCGCUUCGAGGAUCCAGGACACACUCGCCACAUCGCCGCUGCUCAAGUACGAAGACCUGGUUCAGAUUGACACCGACCUCGUCAAUUGGCAGAACAACUUACCCUCUAUCUUGGCGACCAAUGAACCGUGCCCGGAGUGUCUCCGUGUCCCACGAUCGGUGAUGAAGUGGCGGUACGAGAACCUUCGUGUUGUGCUACACAGGCCGUUUCUGCUGAGCACUGCUCUCAAACGUGUCCCCUUUGCCGCCCUCAGCGCCGAGGAGAAGGUUGCAGUUGGGAAAUGCCGAGUCAUCGCUGCCCAAAACAUUGAAGACAUCAGCAAAGAGUGCACGCCAGAUCUCAUCUCGGGCUGGAACGCGGUCUGGUUCUGCUUUCAGGCUUGCAUGGUCCCGCUAAUAAGCCUGUUCUCCGAUAUCAGCAACCCCGACGAGGUUGCCAAGUGGCGCAGCCAGAUUGAAAUGGCGCUCUCCUUUUUCGACCGGAUGGAAAGGUACAGCGUAGCAGCAAAGAAGAGCAGAGAGGCCAUUGCGAGGCUGGCCGAAGCCAGCAAGGUCAACCAAGAACACCUGGAGGAGCAGAUGAGACAGCGGCAGCAGUUGUGGGAGCAACAGCGUGCAGCGAGUGCGCAGGCGAAUGAGGGGCAGAACUUCCACCAGUUCGGCGACAAUGCUCAGUCGCCAUCACAACAGCAGCAGCAACACCAGCAACAACAACAACAGCAGCAACACCAGCACCAGCACCAGCAGCACCAGCAGCAUCAACAACAACAGCUUCAGGAGCAGCAGCGGCAACAGCGCAGCCCGAGCAACCCGGUAAUGGCCGUCAACCCCAACCAGCCGUUCCCGCCCGGGUUGGUGGGCGGGCAGCAAGCGUUCCCGAACAUGAGCGGCAUUUCGGGCAUCGGCAUGGGGGUGUGGCCGCCUCCCGAGAUGGGUGGCCAGGGCGGCUCGUCGAGUCUCGGAUCGCUGUCGGGCUUCUGGGACGAGAUGAUGUGGGACACGUUCCCCGAGAUCUCGGAAGAUCCGUUCGGCAGCUUCAACGGGGAGUUCGACUUCCCGCCGGCAAGCCAGGAUACAGGUGGGGCACCCUGCUGGCAGCUGGGCAACUGA